AUGGACUAUCUAUUCUACGACAUUUUUAAGGAAGGGAAGACCCUUGACGACGCCCCACCAGCCUUACUUCGACAAGAGUCUGAAUUUGCCUGGGCUUCGACCAGAAGUGGAGAAACCACUCGAUUCUUCCCCUCGAUAACCGAUGAGGAAAACAAGGUCAACGGGGCGGUCGUACAUUGGAGAGGCAUUGAAAGCCCAGAACGGGCCGAGUCCAUCAAGCAAGAGGUUCCGUGGAUUAGACAUGGGUUUUCUGAUGCCAAGGUCAUUCCCAUUGGAAAUUUCACCUCGGUGUCAAAGCUUUUCCAACAAGGAGGGAAGUAUCUUGACUGUGAGCCAGUGCAACGCCUGCAGCCAUUUUCCACGGAUCCGUGUGUGACAUGCUUUGGAAAGGUAAGUACCAAGAUAUAUGUAAAAGAGCUACAUUCUCUUUUUCUUCUCAUGGUCCACCGAAUGACUGAUGGCUUUUUGUCUGGGACAGGAGGAAUAGCGGAAGAGGUAUUUGAUGUGGUCCAUCCACAGCAAGGAAAGGUUCUCCGACUGAAAGCGAAUGAUAGAGCAGAGGUAAAACAAUAUGUGGAAGAUAUUCCUUCUUUGAGUGAAGGUGCAGCAGAGGUGGACAUACUCCGAGCGAAAUCGCACAUGGUCUGGGAGGUUUUCUUCUAG